CUAACAGUCAGCGCGGGUCCCUACUGUUCGCCCACAGUCGCGAUGGUGGGUAUGAGUAUGCUCAGGUCUGCCGCUGCCUUCGCGGCGAGGCUGAGUCCUCUGAAGGGUGGGAACACCGCGGCCCAUCUACUGUCCAGGACCGUCCAGAGGACAGACAAAGUGGCCGUCCGCUGGGGUCAUGGAAAGUCAAUGUUUGUCGUCAAACCCACUGACUUCUAUGACAGGAGAUUUCUGCGCUUAUUGCAAUAUUACGUCCUGCUGACUGGCAUCCCCGUGGCCGUCCUUGUCACAGCUGUAAACAUCUUCAUUGGUGAAGCAGAGCUGGUUGAAACUCCUGAGGGAUACGAACCUGAGCACUGGGAGUACUACAAGCAUCCCAUCACCAGGUGUAUUGCACAGCACGUGUAUGAUUCCCCGGUGAAGGACUAUGAGAAGAUGAUGGCAGCGAUCCAAAUAGAGAAAGAGAAGGCAGACAUGAGGCUGACUCAGAUGGAGGUGCGUCGACAGAUGAGGAACAAGGGAGACGGCCCCUGGUUCCAGGUUGAGACCCUCGACAAGGAACUCAUUGACAACAGCCCAAAGUCGUCACCCGACAAUUAAUCCACAUGUGUCUGAACAUCAUGUUGAUGAAUCUGACUGUUUGUAAAUUUUUCCCCCUUCUUGCAUAAAUAAAGUAUCUAUGUACUCUGA